UCGUGGAAAGACAUUUGCGAUUAAUAUCAAAAUCAUCCAUUUUUUGCUAUUAGACUAGAAAAAUAUCGACCAUUGUUACAUAUUUUGUACAAACACAAUGUGUUCUUUCAGCUGAAGACGUUGAUAUCGAGCGAACCCUCUUCAUCAGUGCAGCGGCGGUACGUGCGUCGGCUUACUGACGUCUGUACGUCCCGUAGGCCCGGGCGGGGAGGGGAAAGAGCACCGUUCCAAACAACAAUGGGGGAAGUUUGUGAGGAGAAAAACUCAAAGUCAUGGCUUUCUGUUGUUUGGCGAAUAAGUAACGUUGUAAUGUCUGUGUUCUUUGUUCUGGCUUCAUAUGUGCAGAUCAAUGACCCAGAUGCAGGUUUAUGGAUGGUGGGUUAUGGAGUCCCUGCUGUCCUUUGUGCAUUUCUUGGCUUCGGACCGCAUGUGACAGAAACUUUGCCCUGGAGGCGAGUUGCUGAUCUCCACCUAAUGAUCUCCAGCGCAGCUAUCUUCAUAUUAGGAUUCAAACUUUACACAGAGCGAGUCACGCAGAUCUUUCAGCAGGAGGAGGGCCGAGAAUUUUCUGGUCUUUUGUUGACAGCUGUUUGGCUCAUAUUAUGUCGUCACUCUGGAAGAGCCCCUGUUGGGAUGCUGCGAGUCUCCACAGCUGUUGCCAUCACAGUUUUCCCUAUUGUGGCUUGGCUUUACUACCACGUCAAUAAGGAGCUGAGAUCAAACUGGCCUUCACACUGUAAAACUGCGAUUUAAAGCAGCUACUUCUGGGCUCCUCUUUCUCAUGACGUUCCUUUUUUUUUUUUGUUUGAUGGAAAAAUCCCUCGCCAAGGAAAUAGUUUUUUGUGGACCUGUUUAAUAAAAAUGAAUUAGAGCAGAAA